AUGAGCAGUACGAUAUUCUACAGAUUCAGAUCUCAAAAGGACACUGGGAGGAUCAUGUUUGAUGGUACCGGUUUGACGGUGUUUGACCUGAAAAGAGAGAUCAUACAGGAGAAUAAACUGGGCGAUGGAACAGACUUCCAGAUCAGGAUAUACAAUCCAGAUACCAACGAGGAGUACGAGGACGAUUCGCAUGUGAUACCAAGGUCCAGCAGUGUUCUAGUGAGAAGAUCGCCAGCUAUCAAGCAGUUUUCAGCGCACGGCAUGCAUCGAAAUACUGGAGCGGUUGGAAAUGCUACACGUUAUGUCACUGGUAAGCCUCGGGUAUUCCAGAAGAAGCAGCCUGCCAGCGGAGCGGUCUCGAGUGAGCCUGCUGCCGUGAGUGGUGUCACCGAGGAAGAACGUAUAGCGAAUAUGUUCGCUAAUCAAGAAAACCAGUGGGAACAGACUCAACGGGAGAUGUCGUCUGCGACUCCGGUGUUCCACAGAACACAGAAUAAUUCGCAAUUUGGCGAGAAUGAGGGUCCUCCGCCUCCCGGUUACAUGUGCUACAGAUGCGGUGCAAGGGACCAUUGGAUUAAGAACUGCCCGACGAAUAAUGAUCCGAAUUUUGAAGGCAAGAGAAUCAGAAGGACCACCGGUAUACCGAAAAAAUUCUUGAAGAGUGUCGAGAUUGAUUCCGACAACAUAACGGCGGAAGAGAUGGCUCAGAGGAAAAUUAUGGUUACUGAUGAAGGUAAAUUUGUUGUUCAAGUUGCAGACGAACAAUCUUGGGAAGAUUAUCAGAGAAAGCAGCAAAAUAGGCUGAUAAAUAAGGCAGAUGCCAAGUGGCAGAAGGGCUAUUUCAAGGAUUUACCCAAGGAACUGACGUGUCCCAUAACGGGUGGCUUGCUGAAAGACCCCGUAAGGACAACUAAAUGCUGUAACAAGGUGUUUUCGAAAGUCGCAUUAGAGGACGCUCUCUUGGAAUCCGAUUUCGUUUGUCCCGAAUGUCAUACUCCCGAUAUACUCCUGGAUCAAUUAGUGGAAGAUGAAGAAAAGGAUAAGCAGGUGAAAGAGUUCUUGAAAGAAGCCAAACUGGACACUGAAAUUGAUAACAAGAGACAAAUGGAAGCUAAUGGUAUCAUUGAUAGUUCUAAGAAAGCAAAAAUUGAUGCUAAUUCACCAAUCAAGCCGGGAAAUGUCCCAUUACCGCCAAUGCCAUUCGGCAUGCCACCUUUUGCCAUGUUUCCACCGCCCAUACCGUUCAUGAACAUUCCCAAGAAUCAAGACAAGGAAUAA